UAAGCCCGUGGCGCAGGAACUGCUCCGGGCGGGCCGUCUGGGCCAGGCGAACCUAAGUGGUUCCGGGCCUGAGCUUCGGAACCCACCUCUGAGAGGCGCGGGGCGGGGAGCUGUCCUCAGAGCAGUGGCCGGACCGGCGGCGACUUGCGGUAGAGCCCCGGGAGGAGGGAGCGGCCUCCACGAAGCCAAGCCAUCCGAGAAAGAAGAACCUUCUAUUGGUUUUGUUCCAGACCAGACUGGGCCUCAGUUGUCAAAGAUGGUGCUGGUGGUGUGUCCAACACAGGAGCCAAAUUGUUCCUAGAUCAGAAUGAUGACAGUAGAUCUGAAGGUGGGUUGCAGACCAUGAGCUGGGAAAGGAGGCAGUGCUCUUGGGAGAAACAGCAGAGGCCCUAGGCUUCAAGCUGAAGCCAGCAGAGGCCCAGCAAGUGGGCAUGUCCCAGGAUGAAGAAUUUUGGAAUACACACCAGAGUCUACAAGAGCUGCUGAUCAGGAAUACCCACAGAGAAACUGAGCCCAUAUGUGAGAGGGCGGUGCCUGCUCACCGGAUCCUAGCCUUUCCUGAACAGACAAACACCAAAGACUGGCCAGUGGCACCUGAGCUCAUCUUGCCUGAGUCCCAGAGCUUGUUGACAUUUGAAGAAGUGGCCAUAUAUUUUUCCCAGGAAGAAUGGGAGUUACUGGAUCCUACUCAGAAGGCCCUCUACAAUGAUGUAAUGCAAGAAAACUAUGAGACUGUUAUCUCUCUAGCAUUAUUUGUGCUCCCCAAAACUAAAGUGAUCUGCUGCUUAGAGCAAGGGGAAGAGCCAUGGGUUCAAGGAUCCCCAGUGUUCAAAGACAGUCCCGGAGAGCUGUUUUCAGAGAUAAAGAUGAAAAAUGACACUGAAAAUCAUCAACCUAUAUGUUUUUCUGACUUAGAAAUACAAGCACCAGGAGACAUAGUAUCAAAAAAAGCCAGUGUGAAUGUUCAUCAGAAAACAAUGGGCAAAGAAAAUCAUGGUGAUAUGCAUAGGGUGGGGAAAUGGCACCAAGAUUUUCCAGUGAAGGAAAGAAAGAAAUUUUCAAACUGGUGGGAAGAAGAGCUGCUGAAACUUAUCGAGCUUCACAAGAAAGAACGUGCAGGAGAGAAGCCUUUUAAAUGUCAGGAAUGUGGGAAAAGCUUCAGAGUUAGCUCUGACCUUAUUAAGCACCAAAGAAUUCACACUGAAGAGAAACCAUAUAAAUGUGAACAGUGUGAUAAGAGGUUUAGAUGGAGGUCAGAUCUUAAUAAGCACUUAACAACACACCAAGGAGUAAAGCCAUAUAAAUGCUCAUGGUGUGGGAAAAGCUUCAGUCAAAAUUCACAUCUCCACACACACCAAAGAACUCACACUGGAGAGAAGCCCUUUACAUGUCAUCAAUGUGGAAAAAAAUUCAGUCAAAAUUCCCACCUUAUUAAACACCGGAGAACCCACCUGUAGCACAUGCAGGAGAAGCUUCAGUAAGUGCUCAAGACUUUGACACCAGAAACCUUGACACCAGUGAAGGAAAGCUUGUUCAGUGUCCUUAGUCUACAGACAUAUACCAAGCGGCGCUUGACCCUAAAGUUUAUGGAAAAAAUGCAAAAUUAAGAAGCAUGAAGAAUUUUUCACCAGUGGAAAAUUUGGAGAUGUAAACGUCAUGUUUCACAGAAAGAAAUCAGGGUUAACUGUGGAGGGGAAACGUUAAUAGUUGUACUACUUACUGUUUUUACUUAGAACUUUCACUGAAUUCCUUAGCAAAAAAAGUGUUCUAAGAAUAUUCUGAGUAAGGGAAAAAGCGGGUUUGGGAUUGUACCUGGCAAAAUAGCAAAAUCAGCUUGAAAAUAGCAGAUGCAAUCAUGAAUCAUCAGUCUUCUGUGGUCCUCCCCAGCCACUCUUAAGCACAUAUGAUAGAAACAUUUGUAGCAUGGUCUUCCAAAACAAAAAGCAGUAAUAUACAUGUGUCAUUGCAUACCAUUGUCUUCCAGUUAGCAGACUUAGAAAUUUCAGUAGUCUCAUGAGGUAGAAAUGAAUUCUAAUGUAAAGUUUUCCAAGAACCAAAUUGGAUUUUCUUACUCUUUUGUCAUUGGACAGUGUUCACAAAGUUGACCUGGUUCUGAGUUCCUUCUUGAACAUUUUAGCAACUAUAUCUCUUGAGUCCUGUUAGCACAGUUUUUACUGUGAUGAAAUCAUUUACUUCACUGUUAGAGAAUUUGCCAGGUGAACUAAUAAUGCACUAUCAUUGCCUCUCAUUUGUGGUGUUCGAAAAAAGGAGAAUAUCUCUAAUGAGAUCAUGUGGACAUGGGUUGGAAUUUUUAGCCAUUUGGUAUAUUUUAGAUGAAAAGAAGAAUUUUCUGCAAUUAAAUGGACUCCUUACCUCACAAUGCCAAUUGGAUAAAACAGCCAUAAACAUGAGCACUUUUCUGAAGCUCAUGGAAAUUAAUGGGAAUUCAGGAUCAACUUCUCAGGUUUUUGUCUGUUUGUAUUUUAACUUGGCUUUUGUUUGUUACUAAGAACAAUAAGAAAGUUAUGUUUGUCUGGGAACUGAAGUGUAUGCAGUAGGGAGGAUCCUGUGGGUCACUGGGAAUGGUGCUCUGGGAAUUCAGUGAGCAGGAGACCAAGUUCCCAAAAGGAAAGGUUUGGGAACUGAUGUUGAGUGGUAGGCAAGGAUAGGUGAACCUGCAUCUGCCUUGGUUGACUUACACUGUAAACUGUAAACAGGCAGGGUCUUCCAGUUUCUGUUUUCUCCAGCAUAGCAUAGAAUGCCAAAAAUCUCUAUGGGCUGUGGAUUUUCUUAUAACACCUACAGCAGUGUUUCAGAUGUGUUCCUGUUAGAGCUUUCAGGUAGUAUUAGGAAAGAGGUUAAAUGAUCUCUUACAAAUCUCUUAUAAAAAGGGAAGUUAGGUUCAAAGAGAUCCAGAGGCUUGUUAAGACCCCAUAGCUAGUGGGUCUGUUGGCUGUCACUUAGCUGCAUCAGUCAGGCCUGAGGGCAGGAUUAGCAGGACUGAUCUGUAUGUUGUCCCUGCCCAGCCAGCCUGGAUGACAUUGUAUUGUAUCUAUUUCUAUUUCUAGCUUGUAAAACAUUCCUGUUUUUUGACUGGUUACUGAAACACUCUUAAAUCUCCAGUUUCCAUAUGAAAUAGAGAUAACACUCAACUCAGGGUUUUUUUGGGGAUUAGAGGGGUUGAUGAAGGAAAAGCACCUAACGGCCUGGGCAAUAGCAGGGUCUCAGUGUGCGUGUCCUUCCCUUUCCCCUGGUCCCCAGUGGUAUGUUGGGUGGACUGACUACAUUCAAGGAGCAGAUGCAUUUGUGGCUGUUGCAGCUCCUUCCAGGAGCUGAGCACUCGUGGUGGUGGUUUGCUCGGUUGAUUUGGUCCUUGGCUUCAGUGCUUUAUGGUGUAAGUCACCUGAGGUUUUGGUCUGCCGCUGUCAGCAGGAUUUCAUUUUCUUCUCUAAGAUGAUCUGUACCAGUAUACCAAUGUGCUUAUUUCUUAAGCUCAGCCAGCUCUGCAGCUCUGGUCUGCAUAGAUCUUACCCAACAGUCUCAGCCUUACACCCCUGGGACUCUGUUUCUUCUCCCAAGAUAUACAUGUGGAUUUCUUGCUGACACUGCAUUCAUUCAUUUAAGUUAAUGAGGGCCUAUUAUGUGCCCAGGUAGUCUUCUAAACUAAGGAUAUAGUAGUGGACAAGGAGACAAAAUGCAUAUCCUCAUGGAGCUUGUAUCCUAGUGAACAGUAAGAAGGGAGUGGUUAGACUUUUUUCUCCUUGCAGUUAGCAUACUGAGAUAGUUUUGAGCAAUGGGUGUGAGCAAAAGUUUCCCUUCUCGGUGCAGGACUCUCUAGUGCUGUCUUUUCCUGCCUCAGUCAUAUAAGCACAUAGAGAGGAGUCACAAGAUCAGAACAGUAUGGAAUGCCGAGCCCCUCACAUUGGGGAGGGGUAUCUAUUCUGGAGAGUCCCCCAGACCUAUAAUGGACUGUAGGAAUGAGAAAUAAACACUCGUUGUGUUAAAUCACUGGUAUGUUGGUGCUAUGUGUCUCUGCAGCAUAACCUGGCCUGUCAAUAAGACUGUCUAUUCUGCUAGAGCUCAGGAAACUUCUUUGUCAUUCCACCUGGUCUUUGGUCCUUGGAAGAGAUCUGGUUUUCUCUAGAUGCUCCGCUAAGCUGGUGUAACACUGAUGGGAACACUUAGGAGCUUAUAAGACUGUAAGUGAUGGGAAAGACAGACUGCUUGCUUGCUUACUGGGGACAAAUCCUGUAGAGGUCAGCUGUUGAAGUGGACGAGGCAACCAUCUGUCCCUUUCUCUGGCCUAUUCCAUUUUUUUAAAAAUUGAUUUAUUUAUUUAUAUUUUUGGCUGCCUUGGGUGUUUGUUGCUGCGCAUGGGCUUUUCUCUAGUUGUGGCAAGCGGGGGCUACUCUUCGUUGUGAUGCGCAGGCUUCUCAUCGGGUGGCUUGUUGCAGAGCACAGGCUCUAGGCACGCGGGCUUCAGUAGUUGUGGCACUCGGGCUCAGUAGUUGUGGCUCGUGGGCUCUAGAGCGCAGGCUCAGUAUUUGUGGCGCAUGGGCUUAGUUGCUCCGCAGCAUGUGGGAUCUUCCUGGACCAGGGAUCAAACCCGUGCACUGGCAGGCAGAUUCUUAACCACUGUGCCACCAGGAAAGUCCUGGCCUUAUUCCAUUUCGCUGUCUUUGUCCCCCCUCUGUUCCACUGCUCCACAGCCCCCCCUCUGUUCCACUGCUCCACAGCCCCACAUGCACAAGAAAGGCUUCUGUUGAUCAGUGGGCUAGGGAGAGGUUAGGGGUUUCUUUCCAUUCCUAAGUGAGUGCAGUAGACUUCAAGGAAUGGUUUGGUAAAUAGCUCUGUUGUACCUUCUGUGAAUUGUGUCUCAGAAAACACGGGACGGAGAUCACCAAGUUUUCCCAGAUUGUUGUAAAGAGGAAGGUGGCUUCUUUUCCUGGACUGAAAGGUAACAGUUGGGAAGAAGCUUGGACAGGAAAACAAGAGCAGGGCACUCCAGCUGGGGAAUGAGAAACUUCCAGUGGGAAAGUUCUAGCUUAGCCACUAAUCAGCACAAUGUUUUACUACUACGUAUGUUUUGGAAUUUGGGUUGGAUGUAUUCAGGUUGGAAGAAGGCAUUUCUAUACCUCAUCACAGCGAUGAGAGCCGAUUACUAAAACAACAAGGUAAAACCAAAACUCUGAGGCUUCGUUUAAAAAUGAAAUCAGACACAACCCUAGGUUCAGCCUCAAACAGUGUUAAAGUUCUCACUAAUAUGACCUGCAUAAUCAGAUUUCUAGAACAAACCAGAAGGUGCUUUGUUUUUGUGUGUCCAGUUAACAGCCUUAUAGAGGCUCCAAGGUUGGUUCUGAGAAUUGGAUCACUGACCUAGCCUAGUCCCCAAAUACUCGACCCCUUCUCUGCACGGGUCCCAGUGGCCACGGUCCUGGGACCAUUGUAUACCCAGAGUUCUCACCAUUAAGCUGACUGUAACCUCAAGCUGAUCUUGAGAAUCUCAACUAUCUUUUAACUGGAGGGGAAGUACAGGAGGAGAGCUUGGAUAAAACAAACUGCUUAGGGUUUCGAUCAGCUUUUGAAACUAAGAAAAGUGUUUAAUUGCGCUGGAGAUCUUUAGAGGAGGAAUGCUAAGCAGCCUUUUCUAUCCAGCUGGACAGUUGGGAUAAUAAAAAGCUUUGAACACCAUAAA